CCGGAGCAGAGUUCAUGAAUGUUGACGAUUGUUGAAACGUGAACACAUGUUAACAAAAAAACACACCGGCAUAGCAAUAUACAAUUCAUAGACAGCCAACAUGAGAGAUACACCGUUAUCAAACUGCGAGCGGGACUUUAUACUCAAAGCUAUUCAAGAAAAAAAGCGCUUGGAUGGGAGACAGACCUAUGACUACAGGAGCAUCAAGAUCUCGUUCGGGACAGAUUAUGGAUGCUGCUUUGUUGACCUGGGGAAGACGAGGAUCAUGGCCCAGGUGUCCUGUGAGCUCAUUACUCCGAAAGAGAACCGCCCGAAUGAAGGACUCAUUUUCUUCAACAUUGAGCUGUCUCCCAUGGCUUCUCCAGCAUUUGAGAUGGGCAGGCAGUCAGAGCUGUUGGUGAAGCUGAACAGACAGUUGGAGAGAUGCCUCAGGAACUCCAAGUGUAUAGACACAGAGUCUCUGUGUGUGGUGUCUGGAGAGAAGGUGUGGCAGAUUAGGGUGGACGUCCACUUGCUGAACCACGAUGGUAACCUAAUGGACGCUGCCAGCAUUGCUGCCAUCGCGGCCCUCUGUCACUUCAGACGGCCCGAUGUGGGCAUCCAGGGAGAGGAAGUCACUGUGUACAGUACAGAGGAGAGAGACCCCAUUCCCCUCAGCAUCUACCACAUGCCCAUCUGUGUCAGUUUCUCCUUCUUCCAACAAGGGACCUACCUGUUGGUUGACCCCUGUGAGCGUGAGGAGCGUGUGAUGGACGGCCUGCUGAUGAUAGCCAUGAACAAACACAGAGAGAUCUGCUCCAUCCAGUCCAGUGGAGGCAUCAUGCUGCUCAAAGACCAGGUCCUCAGGUGCAGUAAGAUCGCUAGUGUCAAAGUGUCAGAGAUCACAGAGCUAAUCAACAAAGCCCUGGAGAACGACAAGAAAGCCAGAAAAACUGGGGGUAAGUUUGGCUUCGCAGAGUCGUUGCCCCAGGAGCGAAUCACAGCGCUGAAAACAGACGUGUCACCUGUGGAAAUGAGUGACGUCAAGGAGAAGGCCAAUGAGAUCGUCCAGAGAGCCGAGGUCCCACCCCAAACCGUUCCCUCUCCAGUGUUAACUGCCCCAGGUACAGGCCAGGUGGGGGAGGGGCUAGAGAACUCCUGGGGUCUGAAGGAAGAGGAGGAGGAGGAGGAGCAGGAAGAUGAGAUCAUGGAGUUGGAAGAGGGACAUGAGGAGAAGGGGAGAGGUGACGUGGUGGUUAUCCCAGACAGUGACAGCGAGGAGGAGGAUGUUGUCAUCUUGAACCAGGUAACAACAAAGUAA